AUGCCUCCGUCAAGUGGGCACCUGCUGCUCCCCAAAUUUUGGAGGGCAGCUAGGUUUGCCUACGCGAAGGCGUACAAAGCCGUAAGGGCAAAACUUCAUGAACCAGCUCAGCAGGUUUCGCUUCGUCUCCAGCCUGCGUAUGCCCGGAUUACUCCGCGACAGCCCAUCAAUCGAGCCGCUGCUAUCCGGCAAGCCCGCAGUCGCCACUUCUCCACUCGUGCGGCGAGCUCGUUUGCUUCAUACUUCCAGGCGGCAGCUCAGGGUAGUCGGACUGCCUAUCGGUCAUCGCGAGUAGCGUCAAACAUCAGUCGGUUUACCAGCCGCGCACCCUUUGCAUCGACUCUUCGCCCGAACCUCACCGGAGGCACUCUUGGUCGUACCGCAGGAGGUUAUGCGAUUGGUGCAGGCCGCAUUGGAGGCGCACGGUACUUCUCACACGGCGCAGCUGCACCUGCUCAGGUUAUAAACAAUGUUUCUGUUGGUGUGAGAGCGUUUUUCCUCUCUGGACAAAAGGCUCGGUUUGACGGCAUUGAUCCCAUCACGGGAAACAAGAGGUUCAAGGCCGUGACCGUACUCCAGGAUGAGGCCGAGAAGAAAAUGACCGCCAUUCCUCGCGCCGCCCCUGGGUCGUUUAUUGAUUUCCAGAUUGCACCUACGAUCACCGCUUUCGGUCUUCAGAAAAAGUUCGCCUCCGCUGGCGCUGAGACUGAAACCCUCAACUCCGAGGGCCUUUUGGACUUCUUGUCUGCCGACUUUGCCCGUACCCUCAAGGACCUGGCCGUUAUCCUCAACGAUCUUAAGCGCCUAGCUACUCUUGGUGACCUGCCCAUCGUACUUCAGGAUAAAUCAACUAUUAGAGUCAGGUUUCCGGGUUGCGAUGCGGAGACAGUGGAGCGACUUUGCGAUGAAGUAGGAGUACAACGAGGGAAGGUCACGCAGGAUGCAGACUUCGACAUCCGUACAGGUGCCGAACUUGCGCUCCUCUUCCCCUUCGCCCCCAGUGUUUCUCCGUCCUCUGAUACGGAAGAUUUCUUCUUCCACGAGGAGGUAAAAUCGUCCCAACGACCCGAUGAAGUUGACUGGCAGGCAAUGUUGUCAGGUGAAGAUGGCACACAACCAUCCGUCGGAUACCCGAAACAGUCACCCAACGAGUUCAGCUUUGAUGACGUGACCAUGUUUGGAUCUAAUCCUUGGGCCAAGUCUCCCUCGGGUUAUUCAAGCAUCGGCGUGAGUGAGCUCGGUGAUCGUGCGUUCUUCCCUGAUGCAAUGAGCAACGGUAUUCCGGAGAGUACGUCGGCUUAUGAGGGGUCUGAAGGCAUCCGCAAGUUCAUAGCGGAAUGUGACCAGGCUGCUGCGUUCCGCUAG